AUGGCGGCUCGGGAGCGCGCGGAGAUGAUGGCGGCCUCGGAGCGCAGGCUCCCGAGUCCCGAGGCGUUCGUGGGCCAGUCUUGGAGCAGCUGGAUCGAGCGGGCGGAAGCGCUGCGGCUGUCGGACGAAUCAGAGGACAGUGGCAAAGAUGUGAGAAAGAAGAUUGAAACAAUGAGGCUCAUUAGAGAAGAUAUGCCGAUCUUUGGUCAUUGUCCAGCCCAUGAUGAGUUCUUCCUUGUGGUUUGUAACCAAUGUGGACAAGUAGUUAAACCUCAGGCAUUCCAGAUGCACUCUGAGAGAAGACAUGGGUCUCUGAGCAAACUGUCAGCACGAAGACCUCCUGCCUUGAAUUCCCCAAACUCUAUUGUCCUGCAGAAAUCGCGAUAUAACAGUGUCCAAACUACUGUGACCGCUAACCAUGGCACCAGUUCCUCCAAAGAGAAGCUACAGAGCCCUGGUAGCAAGGUGCUACAGUUAGACGUGCCUUCAAAGGGACCAAAAGAAAAUCUCUGCUUAUUUGUUCCUGUGGUAAACCUGGAAAAGAUCCCGACUCUCAGAAAGACGGACAGCUCCUGCAUCAAGCUGAGCUCCAAGCUCCCAGCUGUUUCCUUGUCCCCACCCGAUUCUACUUUGGCUCCCAGUAAACCCAGUCCAGUUCCCGGCCUUGAUUCUGCAAAAAAGGCGAUGGCAGCGAGCACAAUCCUGAAGGUGGCCGAUUCUCUACAGCCGUCUGCGGUAAUUCAGAACGGUAAAGGGCAGCGGUCUCCUGUGCUGGAGGAGCCAACACUCAGUAACAGGAAAAACAGCCAUAAAAUCCACCGAAGAAUUAUUGAGAAAGAAAGUGACCUCAAUAAGCACUGCAGCGUCAUGGACCCAAACACCAAGAAACACUGCACACGUUCAUUAACUUGUAAGACGCACUCGUUGACACAGAGGAGGAGUGUGCCGGGACGCCGACUUGCCUUUGAUGAGUUGCUGGCAGAACAUCGGGCAAGUUUGAAGAACAAGGAGACUGGUAAAGAGAGAAAGCUACAGGUUAAGGAGACAAUGCCAGUCUCUCCAGGGCAGGAGGCCACUCUGGGUUCGGCGAUGUUGGGGAUCACUCCAAACCGGCCAAAGAUUUCCGGUUGCUCUGGUUCAAGAGGUUCUUUACAAAGUGAGCUGACUGAAGAUGAGAGGCCCCAUUCUGACCCUGUACCACAUCCUGAGCUCCCCUACCCUUUGUUCAGGUUUGAGAUAAACAGCCGGCUAUCGAGUGAGGAGAGUGAUGGAGAAAUGACAGAAGAGUCUGAGAAGCUGGAUUGUCACUAUUCACGCUUUCAUCCAAAGCCUCUGGCAUUUUGCACUUUCGGAAGCCGGAUGAUCAGUCGAGGUUGUUACGUCUUCAACAGGCGCUUUGACCGUUUCCGUGUGGCCCUGAAUUCCAUGGUGGAAAAACACCUCAAUUCUCAGAUGUGGAGAAAGAUUCCUCCAGCCAUGGAUCCACAGAGAACACCACUUGCUGCCCCACCUCCGGCCCCCUCGGCAUUUUCUGUCCCAUCUAUUUCAUCUGUUUCGGGAUCUUUGCCCGCCUCAGCUUCUUCCAUGGGCAUGGAACUGAAAGCAGCGCCCUUGCCUGCCAGCCUCACUGGAGCUCGAGCCCCUCCAGAGCCGCCAUCUGCCUGCUGCCGCUCACUCCUUCCACUGACCCCUUCAGCUCGCGUCCCCUCUCCCUCUUCCCGUAGAACAACCUGGGCCAAGAGCAGCCGGGCACCUGCUUUUCACCUGAAGCCCCGUUCCACUGGCGAGACAUCUCCGGGCAAACGCAAGAAAUCGGGGGCUGCUACCUGCAACCCAGCCCCUCCCUCGGAUAACCCCCUCAAAAGAAACUGCGUGUUGAGUCUGGAUAGGAUAAGUGCUCCUCCCCCUGGUGGGGCAGCCUCACACCCACCUCACUCGAAUACCUCUUCACACAGGGUGAGCAACGGACUCAAUGCCAACGGGCCCAAAGCAGGGCGCUCAGGAUCGACCGCAAUUCUGGGCCUUUCAGGGAACUCCCUUAAAGGGAACAGCAGGACAAUGGAACACUUUGAUCCCAAAAAGGAGGUCCACCUAAGUGAGGCAAGGCGGCUUGGAGGACACAACCCAACGUCCCCACUACCGACCCCCACCUCCCCGGCACAGACUGAGGGCAGGAAACGGAAGAAUGCAGCCUCCUGCUCAAAACCCACAAAAAUGGCCAAGGCGCCCGAUGUUGGCGGUGCUCAGAGGAAGAGAGAGGAGAGCCUGACAACGAUGCAACCUCACAGCAACUCUCACCCACACAAGGCAAAAGUGCGGCCCUGAGGACAAGUUGGGCUUAGUUUCAUGGUGAUUUGGAACCCGAAGACUUCUGUCUAUCAGUCGCCACUUCCAGAUCUUCACUCAAACCGGACACAGUCCAGGCUGCCGGGACCUGCGCUGUGCCACAGGCUGUUUCUGCACAAAUCAAAGCAGGCACUCGCACUAGUCGCCUUAUUCGGUAUGAACUGUUUUGUCGACCUUUGUGUCUGUAGCAGGAGUCACUGCACCUUGUCAUCCAUUUGUUUUGUUUGUUCUCUGCUCCUCAUCUGUCCACUCUGAGGUUAUGCCUUCGUCUUUGCUUGACACGGCAUCCUUGCUCUGCACCAGUGGGAAGGGGUGCAGUUUACAAAUGCUUACCAAAUCGCUGGUGAGAUGCACAUCAAGUGAUUUGGCCUCCAGAGCAAUGGAGGGUGAAGGGAAGUGUUCUCACCGCGUCUUCAGCCUGGGUGCCCAGCAGCGGGCCCAGGUCUCCUCAUGGCAUGUGCCUUCCCCCUCUCCCCUCCAGCACCUACCCCCCAUACCCUCCUAAAGGCACUGACACACAUCAGGGGUUGAUUCCAUAGGUGCUGGACACCUAUUGGGUACCUUCUCCUGGGAGCCACUCCUCUCAAGUGACUCCUAAGUACUUCGCCAUCAUGGUCAAAAGCAAGAGCCAACCCUGUACCCAGUCCAGCACUGUAUUGCUCUUGCUCCUGUAGUGCCCACAUUGAGCAGCCUGGGAGAGGGGUGAAGGUUAAGGGAGAAGGACAAUAUCUGUCACUGACUUGAUGUUCUCACUGAAUUGGAAAAACCUGAACGUGUCAACUAUGAACCCAAGAGUCAGGAGAAAGAGGACACAGGAUCUGGAGAUGAAUGGGCAGCUUUUCUUACCCCACUUCUUGACAUGUUAUACGUUUGAAGAAGCCAUGGUGUCAUGAUUUCCCAGAAUGCAACUCUGCCGAGGAAGAUUCCUUUUCAAAAAUCUCCUCUUGCAUGUACAAUCCUGACAGACUGUGAUAGGAUCCUUGCAAGGCAAAGAAUGAUUUGAUCUUUUUGCUGUUGAAGCCUGGUUGCAAAUAAUAGCUUGGCCUAUGCUGCUUGGUGAUAGUGUCACCUUCAGUGACCCUGGAAUUGCGUUAAUUCUAGAAGCUUUUUAUUAACAACCUGCCCUUUCACUACAGCUGAAGUCAUCUGGAAGUUCUAGCUCUGUCAUACAAACUGCCUGCCUGGCACUGGGUGACAUUGCCCACAUGCAUUUUCUUAAAGUGCGUUACCUAAGAUUGUACAAUGACUUUUCGAGGUAUUUUUUGUUAUUUAUUCAUGGGAUGUUAGUAUUACUGGCUAGGCCGCCAUUUAACGCCCGUUCCUAAUUGCACAAAAGACAGUUAAGAGAGUUAAGAAUCAUCCAUCUUGCUGCAGUUCUGGAGACACUUGUAGACCAGACCAGGUAAGGAUGGUAGGUUUGCUUUCCCUAAAGGAUAUUAAUUAACUAGAUGAGUUUUUCCAACAAUUGAUGAUUUCAUGGUCAUCAUUGGGUACCUAAUUCCAAAUUUUUAUUGAAUUCAGAUUCCACCAUCUGCCAUGACUCUCCAACCUGGGUCCACCAACAUUACUUGAGUUUCCGAAUUAAUAGUCUACCUAUUGAAUCGCUAGGCCAUCACAUUCUCCUGUGUGGUUUGCAAAACUCAGUACUAAAUCAGGCUACAUAUAAAUCGCUGGGGCAUUGGGUGAGCAGUUUGAAAUAGCAUUCUCCUCUCUCACUGACCCUGACAAAUAGGGGCUAAUCUCAAUUCACAUUUUAACAAUAAAUGUUGUUCGGCCUGCCGCUUACACCUAACGCUGAAGACGGUCUCAUUUGGUCACCAUUGCAGAGAGCUCGUGCCUGAUCCAACAAGAAAGGAUUAAUUUAUGAUAUCCACUGCAGAAUCAUCCAGCACGUGGAGUAUGUUACAAAUAGCAGGCUGCAGAUGUUCAUGGGUGGAGAGUUGGUAUUUCAGGAAAGGAACACUUUUCAGGUCUCACAAAGCCUGAUAGAGGAUUUCUGGAAUGUUCAAAGUCUAACGGGUUCACUGAGAGACCCAGGCCUUCUUUCAAACAACUUAUCAAAUUUCAAACCAUCCCUUGAUAAGCUGAGCAAAUAUUUCACAUUUUUGACUGCUGCUCAAUAUUUCUCACUAGGAGCAGGAAAUCUUUAACAAUUCUAUAAUUUCAUUCAGCCAUUUCAAUAUUCCUGUUCUUGAUCAACCUGUUUUUAUCAGUCUUUUUGAGAACUGACGGCUUUGUUUUAUUUUGCUUAACUUUUUUCAUCAUAUUACUACAUUUUUUAAACAUUUUUAAAUAAAUAUACGUAAUUAUUUUGCUGUAAAUUUCCCACAAUCAGUGCCAUGAAUUAGUGACUGAGAGUCAGCAUCAAGCUGUCAAGUGUUUCUCCUGGUGGUAAUAUAUUUUUCCUUAAAAAAUAGUUGAAAUAUUAGGCUUAAAAAACAGAAUAAAUCAUCACAAUUUGUUGUGCUUUGUCAGUGACAAAAAGGACGAGGUUCCAGAUACAGAUGGAAUCUGAAUGCAUACUGUUAUACUCAGUCAUUUCUGUGGCUGGGAGCUUGUGCCCAGUUUGGACGAGCUCUGGGAUACACUCAGUUGGAUUCAGCCUAACCCAUCACUCCCUACAGCAAAUAUUGCUUUUUGACAGAGGAAUGAUACAACACCAACAUGGGCAGUGCCUGUGUCAGAUCUAUGAAAGACCUCUUCCAUUAGUCUCACUCCUCCCUGCCGUUUCCCCACAGCCCUGCAAAUGUUCUUGCUUCAAUUUUUCCUUGUAUAUUCAACAAGUUUGAACACUCGGUGAAAUCGGGUGUCAGUCUAACUACUUCAGCUUCCUGCUGGAUGGCAUGAGUUAUAAUUAAUUUUACCAUUUAUGGAUUUGCUUAUGCUUUUGUGGGAUGUCUGGUGCUAGAGAAUGAAGCUUUUCCAAUGUCAGGAACCAGUAUCAUUUAUCAUCAUAAUAUCAAUUACUCCUGGAUUAGAGCACAUUGUACCGUAUUCAUUGACCACAUCCACUCAUUUAUAGAAUGUGGGUGCUGCUAGGCCUUUUGGUUUAUGGCCUAGAGGGCAGUUAAGAGUCAACCACAUUGCAGUGGGUCAGGAGUCACAUGUAGGCCAGACCAGGUAAGGAUAGCAGUUUCCUUCCCUAAAGGAAAUUUAAGAAACCAGAUGAAUUUAAACAGCAAUAGCAGUGGCCACUAUUAGAUUAGUUUUUGGUUCCAGAUUUUUCAUUGAAUUCAAAUUUUGCCUGAUGGUAAUUGAGCCCCUCUCUCCAGAGCAUUAGCCUCUGUUUCUGGAUUACCUGGUCCAGUGUUGUUAUCACUAUCCGUUGUCUUUGCUUUGCAAGAUCUCCCCUCCACUACCUGUUCAAUCCCAUACCAGGUCCUGUUCACUGACAAUCCUGAUGAGAAUAAGUGAUUUCCGUGUUUAUGAAUCCCUUCCAGUCCCUUUCCCCAGCCUUAUUCCUUCACGCCUUUGUAAACUUCUCCAGUGCUAGCUCCUGGUUCACUCAUUUUACUCAUUGGAUACUUGUUAAAAAGCUGCAUUUAUUCCUCCCACUGACUGUGUAUGGAACUGUCUUCUCUCAGCUGUAUCCCCCUCACCCACUGCUCUACUUUCCUCCCCUUCCUUUGAAAGCCUCCUUAAAAUCUAUCCAGUUAUGCUACAGUCACUACUCCCUGAGACUGUCAUUUUUCACAUGUUUCUCUGUGAAGCAUCUUGGUACCUGUACCUUAAGAACACUGUAUAAGUCUGAUCGGGUUAAGACCCUUCUGCUCAGUCCAAAUGAGCAUCCUCACCCUUCUUCCACCGCUAUGACAAUUUCCAUUUUCUAAGCUUGCUGUGUUUUGCUUUCUGUCACUAAGAUCACUAGUUUGCUGACAGUUGGUCCCAAAUCAAGAGCAAUUUUAUGCUGGGCACUUGGCACUACAUGCUCGAUCCAGACUGUGCCAGGCUUAUUUGACACACAACCCAAACGGUCAGCAAAUCAAGGUAUCUUUGAUUCCAUCAGUCUCUGAUGUAAUUGAACUCAGCUCCCUGAGAUAACAGGAGAGAUUCUGAUUAACUCUCUGAACCAGUCAACUCAUUUCUCUUGAUACCCAAGUCCCACUUGCCUUAAACAGCCAAUUCAGUGGAGCGCUAAAGAUGACCCUCAUAAUAAAUGUUCAUGUGACUGAGUAACAGAGAACCUUGGGAACAUUAAUACUGAACUAGUGUCAGUCAUGGAGAUCAUAAUGCAAAGGUGUGUAAAUGUCUGGAAAGUUUGUAAUAGUUCUGUAUUGAUAAUUAUGCAAAUAUCUUUUGUAUUGAUCUAGUAUCGACACAUUGUCUAUGAAAUUUUACAGUUCGAACUGGUCAGCUAUAUAUCUAUAAAUACAGAUGAAUGCAUAUAUAUCAUGAUCUAAUGUUACAAAUGCCAGAUGUAAUGCAUUAAGGAUAAGAGAGGUACCUCAGCAACUGCUGAAGGGCAGUGAAUUAUCAGAAUGCAUACUGUUGCGCUGUUGGUACUUGUAGUUCAUUGUACAGAUCAAAGCAUCAAAAUCUGAAUCAGGUUUUGAGUAUUCGUUUCAAUUUUUUUUUUUUUUAAUGUACGUGGAGGCUGGGCUGGGAUAUUGGGUCUGGAUUGAUUCUGUCAAAUUGUUUUGUAUCUGGUGGACUCCACAGUCCAUCCUGAAGCUGUCCGGGUUGAUGUAAACUAGGGUGAAGUGACCCAAGUACGGGGGAUGGAAACAGUAGGUGAGAUGUGAAUCCACUGUGGGGGAUUUUAACCUGCUCUCACGUGCCUGUUUCAUAGCAAUGUGCACAGUGAGAAACAAUUUGAAACUGAGAAAAAGUAAUGGGAUUUAUAAAUACCAUGGAAACUGUUAAAAGAAGCAAUUAUACUGUUGGAAAACUCAGAGAGAGAGGAAAAUUGGAUUAUACAAUUCUUUUUCUGGUUUUAAUUUUGGGUGCCCAUCAUUACUGCCUCAUGAUCAACCAAUAUCUACUCAUCACAAUCAUUCAUUAUCUUGAAGACCUUGUAUAGAUCACCUCUUGCAUAGAAUUUACUAAUUCGAACCAGUUCAGUUACUUGGUGCUGAUUUUAAACUCCACACAACUGUCCUCCUUGACUGCUUCCUCUCAAAUUAUCACAUUCAGUUCCUUUCUCACUCAUGUAUUUAUCAACCUUCCCUGUAAAUGUGGCUAUGUUAUUCACUGCAAACCCUUUUUGGGGCAGCACAUUUAACAUUAUCAUCAUUCUCUGGGCAAAUCUGUUUCUUCAGAAUCCCUGAUUGGAUUUAUUGAUAGCCGUAGUUUCGGUCUCUCUUGCAACUGGAAAUCUCGUCAAGCCUUUUUGUAAUUUCUGUCUGUUCACCCUUCUGCUUUCUCUUUUCUAAUUGAUUUCUGCACUCAAAUGAGGGUCUAAAAUAAAAAAUGUUGCAAAUCUGAGACUAAUAGUUUAAAAAAAAAUGCUUCCAAUGCUUGGUUAGUCAGCCGGAGCCCCUGAAAAAUCAAAGACAGAUGUUGGGGCAGGGGUAGGAUCUGGCCACGCUCAUGGUGGACGCUCCCAUGCUCUUGGUGGCCCACCUUCCCACAGCCUCAGUUGGAUGUUUGCUGUAUGCCAUAUUUCCUCCCCCUCCAGUAUUGUUUUAAUAUGAUUUUCCUCCUAUUUUCUCCUCUGUAGCAACAGCCAAACUUUCACUUACUAAUGGAGAAUCUUGUUGAAACAUUCACCUCCCUUGAUUUUAUUAUAUCAAGUCACCCCAACUGGAACAGGGAAUGAAACUGGGUCUGGUUUAGAUUAUUUCAACAUUUUUUAUUUGUUCAUGGAUGUUGACAUCAAUGCAUCGGCCAGCAUUCCCUAAUUACCCUGAAGUCAGUUAAGAGUCACUGACAUUGCCGUGGGCCUAGAGUUACCUGUAGGACAGACCAGGUAAGAACGGCAGAUUUCCUUCCUGAAAGACAUCAGUGAAUCAGAUGGAUUCUAACAAUUGACAAUGGUUGCCCUAAGGCUAACUUUUAAUUCCAGAUCCUUUUUUAAAACUUGAAUUCAAAAUUCACCACCUGCCAUAGUGUUCUGAACAUUAGUCCUGGGGCUCUGGAUUACUAGUCCAGUGACCUGACCACUACACCACCAGCUUUCCCCAACUUGGAUUCAUUGCAGUGAAAGCUCUUUCAAGCUAUAAAAUACGGAGUCAAGCAAUUACCUCAAAUGUAGGCCUCUGCUCAGGCCUGUAAAUUGACAAUUAUAUUUAGUAAGGCAGAAGCAAAAUACUACAGAUGCUGGAAAACUGAAAUAAAGGAAAUGCUGAAAAUACUGGAGAAACUCAACCGGUCUGGCAGUAUCAGCGGAGAGAGAAACACAGUUAACAUUUCAGGUUUAAUGUGUUUUUAUUUUUGAAAACAGUAGAGUCAAAUUUGAUCCAAAAUAUUAACUGUUUUUCUCUCCACAGACGCUGCCAGACCUGCUGAAUGUUUCCCGCAUUUUCUAUUUUUACGAUUAUAUUUAGUUAGUUUUUGUGUGAUACUGAACUACUUAAUUCUAUACUCAUUUAUCAUUCGGUGUUUGCUAGUUAUUUUAGAAACCUGAUCCUAUCUUCUUUGUUCAUGGUACUGGGCCAUCACUGAAUUAUAAGUUGGAACUGAUGACAGAUAAAAGGACAAGCCCUGAUUGCACCAAAAUAUUUCCCAUUGUGUUGCUGAGCCAAAUGGAAAUGUCUGAGCCUUGAAACUAUCCCUGUUACUGUUAUUGUCAGCAUCUCUAGCCUAGAAAGGCACGGGUUCUGCAUGAACGUUUAGUGAUUCCCACUGUAAACAAAUAGUUAAAAGUGAGGUGACAGUCAACUGUAAUACCCUCAUUAUUGGAACACUCUGGCUAGGUCUUUGUGCAGCGUUAUGGGCUGAUCAAUAGAGAAGUAAGAUAUGUUGGUCUUCACGUUGGCAGUUUUCUUGCUAUUGUGAUAUCAGAGAGCUAUCAAUGACCUUGAUUAUGAACUAGAUUUGCAUGAAGUCAAGCUGAGAAAACCAGUAAGGGAAACAUCAUGUGAAACAAGUGUAGGUUGUUUGGCUCUUUGAGCUUGCUGUAUAAUUCAGUAAGAUUUUGACUGAUUUUCUACCUCAGUUCCAACUUCCAGCCAUAUUGUCAUAUCCCUUAGUAUCUGAAAAUCUACCCACCACUUACUUGAGUAUAUUCAUUGACUGAGCAUCCACCACUCUCGUGGGUAGUUUGAAAUAAACUUCUUGAGUGAAUAAAUUUCUCAUCUCAAUCCAAAAUGGCUGACCCUUUAUUUUGAGACUGUGAUCCAGUUCUCCAGAUUCCCCAGUUAAGGCAAACAUUUUCUAAUGUAAGGCCUAGUGUACUCAAUUUCUUGUAGGACAAACCUUAUCCCAAUAAUCAGUCAAAUAAUCCUUUGUUGCCCUAAAGGGAGUGCAACAGUAUCAUUCCUUACGUAAGGAAGCCAACAUUGCACACAAUAUUGUGGCUGUAGUCGCACCAGUGUCCCGAACAAUUGCUGUAAAACUUCUCUAUCCUUGUACUCCAAUCCCUUUGCAAUAAAGACUAAAGAAGCAAACCUAUCUUGUCUCAGACUGAGACCAAAUUUCUUAUAUAAUUUUAUAUUUGCCCUACCUGUUUUAUUUUUCCCCACAUGAUGCACUCUUAAUUUCAUGCCCCAUGUUUUAAAGCUGAGAAAGCAGUCAUGUUGUGAAAGUCCAUAGUGCAAUGCAACAGUUGUAGCUUUGAGUCAGCUGAAUUAUUUCUGAAUCAACCACUUGUUCUAUUGUAGAAUGAUCAAGGAGGACAAUGACAGUGAACAGAAAUGGAUUUCAGCAGGCUUAAUUCUGAUCAGCACUGGUUCAGAGUCAACCCCUUUUGUGGCCCCCUUUCCCAGAAAUAGAAACACACACUUACACAGAAGGUGCUGAUCCCUGAGGUUUGGAGUACUUGCAGAGCGCCCAAACUAUGCUAAGACUGUGCUCAGAUGGUGAAUGUUUAAUUGGUUGUUUGACCAUUGAAUGCCUCAUAGCUUAGCUUAUUUGUGUCUUCAUCAUAAUUCUCCAGUACAUGUUCUUUCCUGAAAGGAUCACUGGAUUGUAAUCAUGGUAGAAAUCCAGAAUGAUUUUGAUCUUGAAUCGUCCCUGCUCCUUCCCCAGUAGGGAUCAAUAACAAUUGGAAUCCACAAUCUGUUCCUGGUCAUUAUGCCCUCUAAAUUAUUUGUUCAUUUGAAUCUUAAAAGAGGACAAAUACUGGGGAGCAUGUCCUGUACCUUCUGAGUUGUUGUGUGCCUACAGAUAUGGGCAGCAUACACAGAAAUGUUGCUCUUGGCAUCCGAUCCACUUGUUCUGGAUAGUCAUUACGCUGCUGACUCGACAUCCCAUUCAACCUGGCUCAUUGCCAAUCAUGACGUCAACUAUUCCCCCCCCCCCCCCACAACCUUUCUGCACCUCC